AUGGAGAUCAAAGCUGUAAAUGAACAGAACAAGAACACCCAGAACUCACCAAGAAAGAACAAGAAAGAUUUUUCUCUUGUUUCUAAUGAUGAACAAGUCCCUCUGUUAUUUCCCCAAAAAAUUGGGGACACUGAUCUUGGAAGAAGAAGAAUUGAAGGAGAGAUCAAUGGAGCAUCAUUUGUAGGCGCAGUUUUCAAUCUUUCCACCACCAUUAUUGGUGCUGGUAUAAUGGCAUUGCCUGCCGCCAUGAAAGUGCUAGGUCUUGGGCUUGGCAUGGCCAUGAUCAUCUUCAUUGCUGUAUUGACCGAGGCUUCUGUGGGGUUGUUGUUAAGGUUCAGUAGGGUUAGUGGGUCAGUUUCUUAUGGUGGUGUUAUGCAUGAGGCAUUUGGGAAUGGUGGAAGAAGAUUGUUGCAAGUUUCUGUGGUGAUCAAUAGCAUCGGUAUACUUAUUGUCUAUAUGAUCAUCAUCGGUGAUGUGCUAUCAGGGUCAUCUUCAAGUGGUAUUCACCAUGCUGGUUUGUUGGAAGAAUGGUUUGGAGAACACUGGUGGAAUGGGCGUGCCUUUGUCCUUGUUGUAACAACCCUUGGCGUGUUUGCUCCAUUGGCAAGUUUUAAGCGUAUCGAUUCAUUGAGAUUCACAUCUGCAUUGGCAGUUGCACUGGCAAUUGUUUUCCUAGUCAUCACUGCAGGAAUCACAAUUGUUAAAUUGGUGAAUGGAAGUAUUGAAGUGCCCAGAUUGCUCCCUGAUGUUUCUGAUAUUAAUUCGGUCUGGAAACUCUUCACAGUGGUCCCUGUUCUUGUCACCGCCUAUGUCUGCCACUUCAAUGUGCACAUUAUCGAGGAUGAGCUUGAAGACCCUUCCCUGAUACAAAUGGUUGUGCGCACUUCAUUGGGUCUAUGCUCCGCUGUUUACCUAAUGACAAGCUUCUUCGGUUUCCUCCUGUUUGGCGAUUCAACACUUGACGAUGUGCUGGCCAACUUCGAUACCAACCUUAGUGUUCCUUAUAGUUCUCAGCUCAAUGAUGUUGUUCGUCUCAAUGAUGUUGUUCGUGUCAGCUAUACUCUCCACCUCAUGCUUGUUUUCCCAGUCCUAUUCUAUCCACUUCGCCUAAAUUUGGAUGGCCUCCUCUUUCCCUCUGCGAGGUCUUUGGUUUCAGAUAACCUUCGAUUUGCACUGAUUAGCAUGGGUUUGAUUUCUCUGGUCUUUUUAGGUGCAAAUUUCAUACCCAAUAUUUGGGAUGCUUUCCAGUUUACUGGAGCAACUGCUGCAGUGUGCCUUGGGUUCAUCUUUCCUGGGGCAGUUGCUCUAAGGGAUGCCCAUGGCAUAGCUACAAAGAAGGACAAGAUCUUAUCUAUUUUUAUGAUUGUUUUAGCGGUGUUUGCAAAUGUGGUAGCAAUAUACAGUGAUGCCUACGCCCUAAUCAAGAGAGAUGCAUCCCCCAUGUGA